AUGUCACAGAAUCGUCGAGAUUCUAUCGCCGACGACUGGCUUGAAGUCGAGAGCGCUGCAUCCGUCAUUUCGUUCGAUUCACGGCCGUCGUCGCCAUCCCCGUCCCCUUCCCCGCAAGAGAUCCCUGCACUACCGACGCACGUCGUCGUGUCAUCCCACGCGGGCCCAUCGAAUCCCAUAUCACACCCGCAACUCGCUUUUCGCCUACGAGAUAACGCCCUCGAGCAGUCCAGAAUCGUCCAGGCACAGCAAUCAUUCCCCGCGCAAGACCCCAAUGCAAGAAUCCAUGUCGAUCCACCAAAUCAAUCGUCGCCAUCUACACGGCCGUUGCCUGAGUUGCCCCCAAAAGAUCGCACAGUCGAGUUCUUCCCUGAAUUUCAACGGCAGCAGCCUGAGCCACAACGCGAUGAGCAGAUCACGGACGUGGAGGCCAGCGCACCUUGUGAUUCACCCUCCCAUCCGAAUCCCAGCGAUUAUCACCAGGCCUGCCACGACGCCACUGUAUCCCUCGGCGCCGUUGCCAAGCUAGCGAAUGACAUCGGAGGAAAUGCAAUCUCUACCAUGAGCUUGAUUUGCUCGACGUGCACGCAGCUCUGCGCACAAACAGCAGACCUUGGCAAGAUGCUUGAGGUCUACGCUCAGCACUGGGCUGCCAAGGGCUCCAACAUGACCUUGAUAGACAUUCCAAUGAACCCCGAUACAUGGGAAGCCCUGUCGACGCUGAAGGAGGUUGUUCUGAAAACGCAGGAAACUCUUUCGAGUGUUGCUCCACCAGCAGAUCUUGACAGGCGUUUAACAGCGGCAGAUAUCCCUCUGCAUGCCAAUUUGGAGCUAGCUCGGGGCCUCGAGGCGUUAGAAGACAUUAUGGAUCUUUUUACAGAUUUUCUGCCCAUUCUGAAAGCGGACUGUGACGAGUUUAGAACCAAGCACAUGGGUUUCCCCCCGGCAGCACCGCCCGACCGACCUCACAAAAAGCCAUACCAACCACCGAACCCCAAAGUCCGCCAGAUCCGCGACGAGCUCUACACCAUGAAAGACCACUUCGUCAUGAUAAACAUCUUUCUCUCCAGACUAAAAGACUCUUCCGCAUUGCCAAACGUGUCGGAUCCACUAGUCUUCAAGUCCCUCAAGCGCAUCACCACAGCCAUCUCAAAAGCGCUGACCAACAACCCCUCAGACUGGAUCGAGUCAGACAUGGGUUCGUCUUCUUGCAAGACCAUGUCGUAUGCUCAAUUCCUGACGCUGGAUCCAGAUGUCUUGAGCCAUAUUUCAUCGCAUCUGCAGGAUUUUCAGGAUGAGCUGGGCGUUGAUGCGAAACCGGGAGAGGAUGGUUGUGAUUUCUCGCAGGAGAUGAUUAAUAACCAUCAGGAGUUUAUGUUGCUCGAGGGCGGGCAGUUACAGCAGCUUCGCUCGGUGAUUGAGUUUACUGAGAGCAUCCUGAUGAUGCAGGGCUGA